UAGGGACCUGAAUAGCAUCUAUUAGCUUGUGGUACCAGCAUCCUAUCGGUGUGACUGGUAGCUCUUGAACGUUAGGUUUCCUUUGAUUCAUGUCCUCACCCUCCGUGUGCGGCUCGCAGAAAGACGCAGGCUGCUGCCUGCACCAGCGGCGGAGGCUCCCAGCAGCAGCAGCAGCAGCAUCAGCAUCAUGUUUCCGCAGCCAGCCCGCCGCCUACCGCUGACGGCAAGUACACGGAAGAGAGGAGAGUGAGAGAGCGCUGUGGCUCACUGAUCCAUCGGUUAGCCAUCAUGCAGUGUUCGUGGAAAUCAAUGGUCCUGCUAGCAUUAGCCUCAAUAGCUAUCCAGUACACGGCCAUCCGCACUUUCUCCACCAAGCCGUUAAGCCUACUGUGCUCUGGGGAUCUGACAUCCAUUGGCCAAGCUGUCAACUGCAGCCUCAAAGAUCUGACAGUGGAGGGCUCGGACCCAGUGUGUGAUGGGAUCCUCUCCAACACCCCAUCUUCCCCGAACUCCUCUCUCCCCAUGUAUGAUGUCAACAAGAGAACCCACAUCCUCAUCCUGGCGACCACACGGAGCGGAUCCUCCUUUGUGGGUCAGCUGUUCAACCAGCAUCCAGAGGUCUUCUACCUGUUUGAACCCCUGUUCCAUGUCCAGUCGGCAUUGCUUCCUCGGCUGGUGCAGAGCCGGAACCUGGCUGAGAGGAGGGUAAUGAUUGGUGCAGCCAGAGACCUAUUGAGGUCUCUGUACCACUGUCAUCUCAUCAGUUUGGAGAAUUACAUCCGACCUCGUCCUUCCAACCACUCCACUGACAAGCUGUUCCGAAGAGGAGCUAGCCGGUCUCUGUGCUCCCCUCCUGCAUGUGAGGUUCCCCUGGGCCCAGAUGAGCAGAGCCUUGUUUUGACUGAUGAGGGGGAGUGUGGGAAGAGAUGUGGCCCGCUAAACGUGUCACUGGCAGCUGAUGCCUGCAGAGGGAAGCGCCACAUAGCCAUCAAGACAGUGCGCAUUCCCCAAAUCAGUGACCUCAGAGCACUGAUUGAGGACCCGAGACUCAACCUGAAGGUGGUCCAGCUUGUGCGAGAUCCACGAGGUAUCCUGGCAUCUCGUGUUGAGACUUUUCGAGAUACUUACCGGCUGUGGCGUCUGUGGAGGGCGACUGGACGCCGACCCCACAAUCUGGACCUUGGACAGAUUAACACAGUGUGUGAAGACUUUCUCAGGUCUCUGUCGAUGGGCCUGGCAAAACCCGCCUGGCUCAGAGGCAGGUACAUGCUGCUCAGGUAUGAAGAUAUUGCCAGGUUUCCUGUACAGAAGACCAGAGAGCUCUACAGUUUCCUUGGUAUGGUUCUGGACCAGAGUGUGGAGGAUUGGAUCAUCAACAAUACUCGGGGUAGCAGUGAUCUGUUGUCCAGACACAAGUUCACCACAGUUCGGGACUCUGCUGCUAAUGCAGAGAACUGGAGGGUGAAGCUAUCCUUCGACAUGGUAGUUUACACCCAGACGGUUUGUCAACCAGUUCUGGACAUCCUUGGAUACAAGAAAGUCUUCCACCCAAAAGAACUGAGGAACUUCUCUCACUCGUUGGUGGAGGACAGGAUGUUCCUCCCAUUUUUCUAAACAGCUGAUGAUGGGCAUACACUACAUCCAAUGAGUGCUCAAGAAACCAUGAUAACAAGGCAGUACUGAAGUCAAUGGAGCUGAGCUGAUAAUGUCCAAACUGUUUGGCUGAAUAUCCUCGGUAUGUCUGGCGGAGGAUGAGAAUAAGAUGCGUCCUUUCCAGUGUUAUCAGUGUUACUUGGAUAUCUGGGCCGCUCUGUCAACCUUUACUAUUUAUUUAUUUUACCCUCUGAGCAAUCAACUACCUCAGUUUGUGCUAUUUUCCCCUUAAAGAACCAGUUGACAUAUUCAAGCCAUUUCAAUCUUGGAACAAUGGCAGACAUCAGGGUAACGGAAAUAUUCGACAGUAAGUGAACAAUUGGUUGUCGUAGUCAACAUGUAGGAUGUGGAAGAAAUGUGCAGCUGACCUGAGAAACCUUGUUAAGGACCAAAUCAUCUUGGCAAGACCACCGGAUCGGACAUUCUCUAAAAUGGCCAGGCUUGAGGCGUGCUCCAGGUCAGCAGUGGUGACAGUGAUCUGAAGGAGAGGGAGGGAAAAACCACAAGCCUGCCUAUCAACGAUGAGUGAAGUCAGAAAAGGCGUACUUAUCAGGGCGACUGGGCACGAGUCCCAGAAAGUUUCAGUGAAGUUUAUGGAAGAGAUGUGUUGCUAAAAAUAAAUAUUUUUCUAAUAAUUGACUCCUGAAAGUACAACGAAAAGUUAAAAUUCACUCUUAAUCUACUAACCCGACUAUGCCGAUGGAGAGGUGGGUUAAGUGUUUGAGUCAACAAAACACUUUUCAGGGAUAAACUUUGUUGCAACAGAAUACAAUACAAUAUACAGUGCUGUGAAAAAGUAUUUGCCCCCUUCCUGGUUUCUUAUUUUUUGGCAUUUUUGUCACAAUCUAUUGUUUCAGAUCAUCAAACAAAUUGUAAUAUUCUACAAAGAUAACCCAAGUUAAUACAAGUUGCAGUUUUUGAAUGAAAGUUUAAUUUAUUAAGGGAAAAAAGCUAUCCAAACCUACCUGGCCCUAUGUGAAAAAUAAUUGCCCCCCUUGAUAAAUCAUGAAUGAACUGUGAUUAACCACAUUCUUUGGAAAGCUGAAUUCAAUUUCACUAGCCACACCCAUGCCUGAAUACUGCCAGACCGGUUAAAUCAAGAAAUCCCUUUAAAAAAAACCUGUCUGACAAAGUGAAGUAAGCUAAAAGAUCUCUGAAAGCAACAAAUCAUACCUCGAUCGAAAGAAAUUCAAGAACAAAUGAGAAACAAAUUAAUUGACAAAUAUCAGUCUGGAAAGGGUUCUUAAGCCAUCUCUAAGGCUUUGGGGUUUCAGCGAACCACGUUGAGAGCCAUUAUCCACAAAUGGAGAUGACUUGGUGAUGAACCUUCCCAGGAGUGGCCGGCCUAACAAAAUUACUACAAGAGCACAUCGACAACUCAUCCAGGAGGUCAUAAAAGACACAAGAACAAUAUCUAAGGAACUGCAGAACUGGCUUGCCUCAGUUAUGGUCAGUGUUCAUGAUUCAACGAUAGGAAAGACACUGGGCAAAAAUGGCAUCCAUGGGAGAGUUCCAAGGCGAAAGCCACUGUUGACCAAAAAGAAUACUAAGGCUCGUCUCACAUUUGCCAAAAAACAUCUUGAUGAUCCCUAAGACUUUUGGGCAGAUAUUCUGUGGACUGACAAAACAAAAGUUGAACUUUUUGGAAGGUGUGGGUCCCGUUACAUCUGGUGUAAAACUAACACAGCAUUUUAGAAAAACAACAUCAUACCAACAGUCAAACAUGGUUGUGGUAGUGUGAUGUUCUGGGGCUGCUUUGCAGCUUCAGGACAUGGACAACCUGCCAUAAUUGAUGGAACCAUGAAUUUUGCUCUCUAUCAGAAAAUCCUGAAGGACAAUGUCCGGCCAUCAGUUCGUGACCUCAAGCUCAGGCGGACUUGGGUAAUCAGCAGGACAAUGAUCCGAAACACACGAGCAAGUCCACCUUCGAAUGGCUGAAAAAAAUCAAAAUGAAGGUUUUGGAGUGGCCUAGUCAAAAUCCGGACUUAAAUCCAAUUGAGAUGCUGUGGCAUGACAUUUAACAAGCCGUCCAUGCUCGAAAAACCAUAAAAUAUGGCUGAAUUAAAACUAUUCUGCAAAGAAGAGUGGGCCAAAAUUCCUCCACAGUGAUGUGAAAGACUCAUUGCCAGUUAUCUAAAAUGCUUGACUGCAGUUAUUUGGCCUCCAAGGGUGGCACAACCAGUUAUUAGGUUAAGGGGGUAACUACUUUUUCACAAAGGACCAGGUAGGU